ACGGCUCAUCCCCUCCGCCCUCUCCCACUAUUUCCUGCCGUCUGCUUUGAAUUGCCUGCUUCCCAUCCAAUUCAGUUCUACCAAACAACCCUCAAUUCCCAACCCCUUUUAAAACCCAACAACACCUCUCCCCAUCUUUCCAUCAAAACCCAAUAUCUCUCUCUCUCUCUCUCUCUCUCUCUCAAUUUUCUGCUUCCCAUCCAACCCAUUUCUACAAAACACAGCCCAAUUGCCAACCCCUUUCAAAACCCAAUAUCAUCUCUCUCUCUCUCUCUCUCUCUCUCUCUCUCUCUCUCUCUCUGGUGCAACAUGAAGAGCACUACAAGCUCCCCCAACAUUUUCAUCCGAUGCAUCAAGGCUCCGAUCCGAGUACUUAGCAAGGCCCGCGAUUUCUACGUUGAAAGUUUGACGAAUUGCGCAGGUAGGGCCCACUAUGGGGGUGGUGCAAGAUCUCUGCCCAAGAGCUUCAGUGUAAGUUCGUCGCGUGCGAGCGAGGACGAAGACAUUCGGGCCCUCAUGCGGGCCCUUUCCCAGAAAUCUCAAGGCGAGACCCCGGUCGGGUCCUUCGGAUCCAAGGGCUUGCCCAAGAGUUUCAGCGUCGCCAUCAGUAGGAUCGACGAAGAUGAGCCGUGCGAUUUCAAGGACGACAUCAAGGUCAAUUCCGACUUGCUGUAUCCAAGGAGCAGGAGUUACGCUGUCACCAAUAGAAGGACUGGGAUGCUUUCUUAGAUUGUUGCGAUGAACCUAUCUCUGUUCGUCGCCAAUCUAAGGUGCCUAUGGCUGUGUUCUUGGGGAAUCUAGACCGUUGAAGCUACUUCCAUGGGAAUCAAUCAGACGGAGAAAAAAAUAGGGUCUAUGUCCGUUUCAAGUGCAUUAAUUGGCCAGCAGGUAUUCUCCAAUUGGUGUAUUUUUAUUUUUAUUUUCGUACCUGAGACAAUCUAUGGUAGCGGACGCCAGAUGGACGGUUCAGAUUCAACAGACAUGCAAUCAAGCGUUUAUUGGAAUGGCAACGAACCAAGACCGGUUAAUCGCGCAAUGAACAUGAGAGCCAGCGUAGAAAAGGAGGAACUUCUCUCCUUCUGUUCCUUUUGUAAAUGAGUUGAAAGUUUUUCAUUUUCUAUCGCAAGUUGUUUGCUUUCUUAGGAUGCUUGUUUUUGGAUAAUGGAAUUUAAGAAAUUCUUAAAAUCA